AUGGGGUCUAUGAACUCAAACAAUUGGCUAUCUUUUCCUCUUUCACCUACUCAUUCUUCAAUACCAGCACAUCUUCAAACUGCUCAGUCUCAUCAUUUCUCUUUAGGGUUAGUCAAUGAAAAUAUUGACAAUCCCUUCCAAAACCAAGAGUGGAAUUUGAUCAAUACUCAAGGCAACAGUGAAGUUCCUAAGGUGGCUGAUUUUCUUGGUGUCGGAAUAUCCGAAAAUCAAUCUGAGAUUGUGUCAUACAGUGAAAUACAAGCUAAUGACUCUGAUUACCUGUUUUCAAACAGUAGUCUAGUUCCAGUACCAAAUGCCCUAGCAGCUGCUGCCUCAAACAACUAUGAACUUCAAGAAAGUGGGAGCAGUAUGCAGUCUCUAACUUUGUCCAUGGGUAGUGGAAAGGGUUCAACAUGUGAGACUAGUGCAAGUGUCGAUAAUAGUAAUAGUAGUAUUGUUGACGCUGCACCAAGGAGAACAUUGGACACAUUUGGUCAAAGAACAUCGAUAUACCGAGGUGUAACAAGGCAUAGAUGGACAGGAAGAUAUGAAGCUCAUCUAUGGGAUAAUAGCUGUAGAAGGGAAGGUCAGUCCAGGAAAGGUCGCCAAGUUUACUUAGGAGGGUAUGACAAGGAAGAGAAGGCAGCUAGGGCUUAUGACCUCGCAGCACUGAAAUACUGGGGCACAUCAACUACCACCAAUUUUCCAAUAAGCAACUAUGAGAAGGAACUUGAGGAGAUGAAACAUAUGACUAGACAAGAAUUUGUUGCCUCGAUCAGAAGGAAGAGCAGUGGCUUCUCUAGAGGAGCUUCCCAAUAUCGUGGAGUAACAAGGCACCACCAGCAUGGAAGAUGGCAAGCUAGGAUAGGAAGAGUGGCAGGAAACAAAGAUCUUUACUUGGGAACUUUCAGUAAGCAAUUCCAAUACAAUGCAAAAAAGUGUCAUGAUUUUCAGCCCAUGUUUUGA